CACGAAUUGAGAGUAAAUCUCAAUCAUCGGAAGUAAACGUCAGCCAUAUAAUCAACAACUUUCUGUUAAAAAGGAAAACUGAAUUUUAGUUAAUGUUGAUGAUAUUAUGCAUCACACCGGCGUAAUUAGACGUCACAGGAAAUGUCUGCUAUCAGUUCUAAUCCUGUGAAAGACACCAACAAACAAAGCUUCUGGAAGAAAGAAUCAAAUGUUCCAGGAAGCAUAAAACCUGUUUAUGGAGCCCAACAUCCACCUCUUCACGAGUCAAUACCAAAAAAAGAAGAGAAAAUGAGAAGUGGUAAAAAAGAUGCAUUUCAUGACUUUGAGAACAAAACAUCGGAUGCUUGGGACGAUGGGGACGAUGACUUGCUGCUGAUGUCAAACAUUCCUAUGUCAAUACGGGACGUCCAGUCAACAGCCAGAGCAGUAAUAGACAAUCAUAGUCGUCAACAAAAGGCCAAAAGUGAAACACAGCGAACAAAUGCAUUAAAAAGUCAUGUGACAGCUGUUCCUUCAGCAUUAUCAGGACACGCAGGUCCUGGGGUUGGUGUCCGUCUAAAUUAUGGAUGGCAGCCACCCAAGUCUACACCUAUCAAAUUCUCUAAACCAACAAUUCCCGACAGAGAGGCAGCAAAGUUAGAAAAGUUUAAUUCAGUUUUGGCGGGACCAAAUACUGAUUUAGAUGAAUUAAGAAAGUUAAGUUGGUCUGGGAUACCAAAACCUGUUCGUCCAACUUCAUGGAAGAUAUUAUCAGGUUAUCUUCCUUGUAGUGUAGAUCGAAGAGCUCCAACAUUAGAGAGGAAACGCAACGAAUACUUUGGUUUUAUAGACCAGUAUUUUGAAACCAGAUUUCAAGAAAUGCAUGAAUCAACAUUUAGACAGAUAUUAAAAGAUAUACCAAGAAUGACCUCGCUAGCACAUUUACUGCAGCAAAAGGUCGUUCAAGAAAUCUUUGAAAGAAUACUGUAUAUAUGGGCUAUACGACAUCCUGCCAGUGGUUAUGUUCAGGGAAUCAAUGAUUUAGUUACUCCAUUCUUUGUUGUAUUUUUGUUAGAAUAUAUAGAUAAUGAUUUAGAAUCUGAGAACUGUGAUCUGACUGAGUUACCACAGGAUACUCUUAACAUAAUAGAAGCUGAUAGCUACUGGUGCAUGUCAAAGUUGUUGGACGGCAUACAAGAUAAUUAUACAUUUGCUCAGCCUGGUAUACAGAUGAAAGUUAAUGCUCUUAGAGGUCUCAUAAAACGAAUUAAUGUUCCUUUAUAUGACCAUUUAGAAGAACAAAAUGUAGAAUUUUUACAGUUUUCCUUCCGAUGGAUGAAUAACUUAUUAAUGAGGGAAAUUCCCUUACGAUGUACAGUCAGACUCUGGGAUACGUAUCAGUCUGAACUGAAUGGGUUUGCUGAUUUCCAUUUGUAUGUUUGUGCUGCAUUCUUAGACAGAUUUUCAGGUGAUUGCUUGAGAGAAAAAGACUUUCAGGGAAUAUUAAUGUUUCUACAGAAUUUACCUACACAUCAUUGGCACGACGAAGAAAUAGGAGAACUUUUAGCAGAAGCAUUCAAACUGAAAUUUAUGUUUGCUGAUGCUCCAAAUCAUUUAAACAAAAAGUCAUAGCAUUAAUUAACUUGUAGAUUUUCUUGUUUAAAAGUGCUAAAAAUAGAAGUACUAUAGAAGGAAUGAAAUGAGCCGGGGUUAGAUUGUUACUUGAUUCUCUAUUAUGUCAUAUCUGUCAUUCUAGUACUUAUGUUUAUUUUUAUGCUGAGCUACAUUUAUUUUUUUAAUAAUCACUAUUAUUUGCAAUUGUUUAAAUUGAUUUAUGUCUCAACAUUCUGCCAAUAUUUCAAAUCUUUAUUGGUAAGUUUAUAAAUGCAUGUAAUAAUUAGCAAUCAACAUAUCAAGGUCAAGUGUAGUAAAAGGGGAUUGAAACAUCUUUUUGAAAACUAAAAUAUUUGUUUAGUUUAAAAGUGGCAUUAAGGGAAGCAUAAAAAAAAACUUACUGUUAGUGCUGCAUUGUAAAUAGAUAAAUAAGGACCGCUAUUUUUUCUUUCCUCUCACUUUUGUAGAUUCACUAUUUUUCUUAAAUCAUUCAAUUGAAGAUGUUCUUCAGGAAGUAAAACUGUAUAUCUAAAUUGCUUGAAAUUUUAAUGAUGUUCAUUUCUUGUUUUUUUAUAACAUAUAGAAUCAUAUUGAAAACAGUGUGGCUGUGGCCUUUGAUUGACAACCUAAAUUAUCACAUUGACUGAGACAGAUUAUGUGAACGUUUGUCUGUAACAACUACUGCUCACUAUGUACUUGUUAAAGACACUUAAAUUGUGGAGUCACCAAAGGUUCUCAACCAUUAAAUAAAGUAAUUGGAAAAAAUAAUCAGGAAUAACACGAUAUUUUGAUUUAUAUCAAUAAUAUAAAUCAAAACAUGAAGGUUAUUCCUAAUUAAUUUUUCGAAUUAUUUUACUAUUAAAGGGGUAACGAACCUUUGAUGACCCCACAGUUUAAAUUCUAUAAUAAACAGUAGUGAGCAGUUGUUGUUACAGACAAAUGUUCACAUAAUCUGUCUAAGCCAAUGGGAUAAUUUAGGUCGUCAGGCAAUGGCCACAGCCACACUGUUUUGAAUAUGAUUCUAAUUUGCCAUCUCUAAAUAUUUGAACUAAGCAUUCCUGAUAUUAUGAAGCUGAAAAUUUUCAUGAUAUAAAGUUCUUUUCCAUUUUGUAAUUAUAAAGAUAAAAUGGUUAAAAUUAUCUGAUAAGUUUCUCAUACCCUCAUUUUUUGUGGACAUUAUUGAUUAUUGUCUUCUUUCAGUGUGUUAUUGAAAUUGAGCUUUUUUGUUAAUUCCUUGACAAAAAUGUUUAUACUAAGAUGAAAAUGAUUAAGCUAUUUUUCAUUUAUUUGCAUUUUUUUCUUAGAUCGACAUUUAUGUCCUAUUUGUUUUUUCUGUGUUUCUUGUUUUAUAGAAUUUUCCUAUAUCAGUGGUUUUAUAAAUUCAUGAAUAAUUCAUUACACCAAUCUCCAGAUUUCUUCCAUUGAAGAAAAUAAAAUGUUUUCAUGUAAAUUGUUGGUGUCAAGUAAAUAAUUUCUAAAAAGGAAAAAAAAAAUACUGUUCCAUUUUUACCUAUACAAAAAACAUAGGAUGCAAGUACACAUUUUAUUAUAAGACUUUGUUAAGUUUGGGAUUUUAUUUGCCAGUUAUUUGUGUAUUGUUUUCUGCCUUGUGAUAUUAUUGUGGUGUACAACAUUCUAAAUAUUUUCAAAUAUUGUCAUAAGUUUCAAUGUGACUCAGAUACCUUUAAGCUUCCUGUUUUUUUUAAAAUUGUUAUUAGUUUGAUGAUAAAUUUGUGUGGUCUUUUUUAAAUCUCUUAUUUAACUAACACUUCUUAUGCUGUUUAACAUUUAAUGAUUGCAAAAUUUCGAUGAAAACAAUUUUUUGUAAUCUUCAUAUAUUCAAACAUAUGAAUUGGAGAACCAUUGUUCUGCUAUCUUAUUUCACUAUAUUCUUUUUUUUUUAUGCCCCACCUACAAUAGUUGAGGGGCAUUAUGUUUUCUGGUCUGUGCGUCCGUUCAUCUGUCUGUCUGUCUGUCUGUUCGUCCGUCUGUCCCACUUCAGGUUAAAGAUUUUUGGUCAAGGUAGUUUUUGAUGAAGUUGGAGUCCAAUCAACUUGAAAUUUAGUAUACAUGUGCCCUAUGAUAUGAUCUUUCUAAUUUUAAUGCCAAAUUAGAGUUUUGACCCAACUUUUACGGUUCACUGAACAUAGAAAAGAAUAGUGCAAAUUUCAGGUUAAAGUUUUUGGUCAAGGUAGUUUUUGAUAAAGUAGAAGUCCAAUCAAUUUGAAACUUAGUAUACAUGUUCCCUUUGAUAAGAUCAAUCUAAUUUUAAUGCCAAAUUAGAGAAUUUAUUCAAAUUUCACGGUCCACUAAACAUAGAAAAUGAUAGUGCGAGUGGGGCAUUCGUGUACUGUGGACACAUUCUUGUUUUUUUCGUUUUUUUCACUAUAUUCUUGAUUAUUACUGAUAGAGAUAAUGAAAUUGUCUUUAAAUUACAUUAUGUUGAUUUAGGGAGGGAUGUUGUGACAUUAUUAGGGGGCACAAUGUGUAUGAAUCUUUUAUCUGGCAGAUGAAUGGACAUAUUAGUAAUGAAUGAAGUUGUAAAUGUUUUGUCUGUGAUAAAUGAUAGUGAGUGAAAGUUUUUGAUUAUAGUGUAAUAUUCAUAUGGCAUUAACAUGAUUAAUACAACAGUUGUACAAGAUGCAUUGAAUGUGUUUAAAUUUGAAUUAUAAAGCAAGGUAACUUAAGAAAUCAUUGUUUGUUAACUGAUGUAUAAUUUAAAAUGUAUGUCAAUGUUGGAUUGAAAUACUCGAAUGAAGUAAGUUUUUGUGUGAGAGGGAGAACUAAAAUAAUGUCUAAUUAAUAAUAAUGCCAAAAUGGCAUAUUCAUUUCUGCUUCAACAGAAAAUAACACAUAAAUAAAAAAAUAACUAAAUUGCAGUUAUUCAUAAGUCAGACCCUUAAUUUUAUUGCAAACCAAAUUGUUCCAUGUAUAUUGCUUUUAUUUUGGGUGUAGAUAUUUAUUGUUUAUUAAAGACAAUGUAUUUAUCAAAAAAAAAUCAUAUUUGAAAAAGAGUUAAAAAAAAAUUUAGACCUUAAAACGUGUUAAAAAUUUCUGUUCUUUCAUGCAAUGAAUUCUUUGAAAUUUAACGGGAAUAAUUUUAUAUAGUAGAUGUAUUUUUGACUGUAAACACUGCAUUUUAAAGAUUAUUUGCAUUUGAAAUGUCUUAAAAUCACUUCAUUUCACAAUUACUUUUAAGAUAUGUCUGUUCUCUAUACAAAUUUCUGCAUGGAAAACUAAUGAAUUUAGAAAUGUAUGGUCAAUUAUGAGAAUAUUUUCCAAUGGAAAAGUGCAUUAUCUUUCUAAUGGACAGUUUAUAUAUUUAUCUUGAUAAAUACAAGCAGUAAAUCUUUUUAAUUUAUGUCUGAAUGGACAGAAGAUAUAGAGAUUAUUUUAAACCUUGUAAAUAUGAAUAUUUGUUAUGAAUGAUGCUGUAAAUAGACUGAAAGUUAUUUUUUGGGAUAAAUAUAUUUUAUUUGUAACAUAUAUGCUACAUUUUACAUUCAGAAAUCUAGAGAAAAAUAAAUUUAUAUUGAA